AUGGUGCGACGAAGAGCACUGGGCAAUCAGCUGACACAGCUACUGGACAGCCAGCUGCAGAUCCUGCGGGUGGAGAUGAGAUCGCAGCAGGCCAUGCAGAAGACCUUCAGAGCGCGACUGAGAGAGAGCGCGAGGCUUCUGAGACUGCUGGCUGAGGGUCAGACCUCACUCUGGGAUAAACACAUUAAGCAACGUGUUCUGGAGCGGGUAGCUGUGCUGGCUGAUGAGAUGACUGAGAAGGUAUCAGUGGAGAGCCAGAGGCUGGGGGCCUGGGUUGUGCUUAAAGAGGGCACUGGAGCACAGCUAUUAUGCCCUGCUACUGGAUCAGUCCUCAGUAGGGAAGACAUCAUCGCUCCUGAUGGAUCUGUUAGAGCUUGUGAUGCCGUUCAUGUAAACCCCCUCACAGGCCUCAUUCAACCCAACUCUAAUGCCCAUAUGUUACUGGCCAGUGGACACAGCAUGCCAGUUCCCCCGGACUUCUUCCUGCACCCCCAGACUGGCAAACUACUGCCUGUGGCUGGAAACGUGGGCUUUGAUCCUGCUUCCUCCAUCCUUGUCUUUACAGCCGAUGCUUGUGUGGGUGAGGUGGGAAAAUGGGAAUCACCCCUGCUGCCUUUCAUACCGUACCCUCCAUCCCGCCAUGCUGAAAUCCAUGCUUCUUCCAAACUACGGGGGCUUCGUUCAGGCCAAAGGCUGGUGCUCGGAGGACCCAUGUGUGACUGUGACACUGGUGUUUUGGUGCCUAUUCUGGCAGUGACCAUCCAUCCACAAACAGGAUUGGUUUAUCCUUUGGGAGGCGUGCACACGUGUCCCAUCUUGCAUCUGCGGCAGCCUAUUCAGAUAGGCUGUCCCAUGCUGGACCCACGUACUGGCAACCUAGUGCUCAUCACAGGCGUCAGUCUUGAUCCCCAUACAGGGGCUGUAUUUCCAGUUGGGGGGCUUCUCCUAGGCGAGUCCUUCAUCGAGCCCUUGAGUGGCCGGAUGGUGCGGGUUGGUGGAGGCAGCGUGCGAGGAGGAAAGAUGGUGCCUCAUGCUGGGGGUUUCCAGGCUCUGCUGGACAGCCAGGCUCUGGGCGCUUGCUUGCGGGUGGCAGAGCUCCUGCAAGGAUUCAGUGAGGAGUGGAGCUCAGCAGCUGCAGAUCCACAAGGUGACCUGGACAGACUCUCGGCAGCAACAUCUGAGCUGGAGCAGGCCUGGAAAAGCAGCCAACACUGUAUGUUGCAGCUGCUGAGUCGCCUGGAAGCCUUACAGGAACAGGCCAGGGGUGUGGUGGAGAAUGGCGGUAGUGUGGGGGAAAUCAAGCUUCCUGGCAUUGAGCUCUCCUUGCCAGCUCUCCCCGGGUUGGAGUAUCCUGACCCUGGAGGCUCGGGUUUGCAUGUCCCAGUUCUGGGAGCUCAGUUGGACUGGGUGUCAGGAUCUAUGGUGCCCCUGGCAGGAACCAUGGAGGAUGCAGAUGGUAAAGGGCUAGUUCCCAUACAUUUUGGAGCGCAGACGGUGGAUCCAGUGACAGGGGUGCUGGCUCCGGUUGUGGGGGCCAGUCUGGAUGUUUGGAAACGGACUGUGGUUCCUGUAACUGUGUCCCAGAUUCUGACGUUAGGAGAAAACCCAGACAGUGUCACAGUGGAAGCCCUCCAGAAGGAGAGCAGUGUACAGGGCAAUUACUGGCAUGAGCAGACACUGAAGGAAGAGGAGAUGGUGGGAGAUUUUGACAGAGCCGUUAAACACCAUCUGUCCACAUCCAUACAUGAGUCUGACUGUAUAGACUGGAUGGACACAGACAGGCAGCUCAGGGAGACCGCCGCUGAGAUUCAGGAAAGUGCUCAGUGUGAGGCCCAGAGAAAAGCUCUCCAGAACUCAGAGUUAUCGCUGUUCCUACCAGCCCAUGUGUUACACACUCUCACAGGAGGAGAUGAGGAGGAGUGGGAGCAGCAGUGUUACUGGCACACCGAGCUUAAGGCCGUGCUGAACCGAGUGAGUGUGUCCAUUGAGAGACUGCAGAGGGACCGGGAUCGGCUGUCGGCACAGGAAACGCAGCAUCUGGAUGGGAAACUGAGGGAGAAGGAUCUGUGGGAGCAAUUAAUGCAGAGACAAGCAGAGCUGGAUGCUGCACUUUCGUCUCUCCACUGUGCUCGUCAGGUCUGCCAGCUGCGUGCUGACAUUGCGCAGUCUUUGGUUUCUGGCACAUUCUGGUUUAAGGAUUUUGGCGUGCUGCAGCCCAAGGGUGUUAGAAACCCUCUGAAAGUAAUAGCCAUGACUCAGCAGAAAGUCUUUCCUCGGCUUGAACGACUUAUUCAGCUGUUGGAGGAAACCAAAGCACUUGGCCAGUCGACCAGCACACAGCGGCAGCAGAGCUCUGGGAAGCAGGUGUUCGGGCGAGACAGUGCUUCCAGAGCGUGGACCGAAUCUGUGUCUGUUGUGAAAGGUGUCUCAACUCAGUCCUUUAAAGAUCAAAUGAAGGCUCAGUCUUCAAGUGAACAGAAUGCCACGGUGCCCUCUCUUCCUCUGUCAAACCCAUCUUACACUCAGAAAAGCCAGGAAAAAACACAGCUGAACCACAGCCAGGAUGUCCAAUCUCUCCAGGAACCUGGUCUGUCCGCACACAUCAGUAUCCCACAGCUAGCAGAGGAAGACUGGUCCAGACUAGUAGCACUAUCUCCUCUCUUCCAGCUGAUGAAGGAAGUGGAGCAACAGCUCAGGGAUAGUGCCAGAGAAAGAGGCCUUCUCCAGCCUUCAGGUGCAGGCCAGUCAUUCAUGGAUUUCAUGGAUGCCCAGUGGGAGUGUGAGGGAGAGCUGAUUCAAGUGAGCUCUGAAACCCUCAACCCACGACAGCUUCUGCUCUACCAGCAUGGACAGUUUCUCCUCCAGCACCUUCACUUACAUAAAAUGAUACCAGCAGUAACCCUUCAACUGGCUUCUACUCUUCCUUUCAACGACUACCAUAACAAUGCUUUCCGCAACUCUUUCUAUUAUCAGGAGGGACAGAAGACUCUGUUUGUUCGCAGUCAGAGAUUGCAAUCAGUGGGUGGCCUCUCUCUGCUGCUAAUGCACUGUGCUGCACACAUUUCCACCGGCCAGAUGAGGACCGACACCAUUCCUGCCUUUCAAAGAGCCUUCUACAAGGUUUUACAGGUGGGCCUAAGUGAGCUGUUCCAUGCCAGACUGGGACAAACUGAUAGUCCAGAUGAUGAGAGGCUGAAAGAUUUGGCAUCUGACACAGCUCUCAAUGGUCUUCUACUGGAAAGAGUCCAGAAGCCAAGUCCUGGGAUUUUUUCAGAGCAUGAAGUUUUGGGACGUCUGCGCAAAUACAGAGAGGCUUCAGUGUUCCGCCAGGUCGAGAGUCUACUAAAAGAGUCUCCUAAGAGCCUGGAGAUCAACCACCCCAACACUGACCCGUCACUCAAUGAUGGCCCAGAAAGCCAAGACACUGCUUCUCCAUGAACUGACAUUUUAACUUUGAACAGUGCUGCCUUUCUGACAGUGAUGAAUCCAACUUUCAAAGGCAUGUUAUAUGCUGUGAGGCAGCUGGUGGCCUUAUCGUCUUGGAUGGUAAACCUCUAUUUAAUCCAGUUUUAAUGUAGUUUUCGAGAAUAAAGGCAUGUUACAGAAUUUGACCAUGUUGGUAUCUACCUAAUCUGACUAGCUUCUACCAAAUGACACAAAUUUGCACCAAAAUACCAUACAGUUUGAUUGGACGCACAACCUCAGGGUGCAAUUUCUUAAGAAAAAACUAAACAAUACAGGAGGUAGUGAAAAUAUAAUGAAUGAAAUGAAUAUAAUUGAAUGAAAAUAUAAUCUUAAAAUUUUAAGAAAUACAUUUAGACAAUGUACAA